GCCUGUGAGCCCGGUACCAGCUCCUCGGGCUGCCCGCCAGGGGGUGAGCGCUUGCCCAGCUCUGGCUGCACCGCGGAUGGCCAUGCCAUGAGGACCUGCUGCGUGGCCAAGCCCGAGGCCCUGGGCACUGUGGAGAAGGUGCCAGUGCCAACAGGACUGGGGAGCUGCGGGGCAGCCGGUGGCACCGCCCCUGCCUGCGGUCCUAUGGAGCCAGGGGGCACCCAGAAGGAGAAGGCCACCCCUGUGCCUUCCCUGCCUGAGCCCUGCCUCAAGGCACCCAGCAAGGAUGCGGGUAGCGCGCCGGCUCCAGCCAAGCAUGUGGCAUUCCUGGAACCAUCGGUGGGAGCUGAGCUGCCCUCCCCAAUGCCAAGCCAGGAGCAGCCCCAGGGAGGCACAGGGGGCACCGAGACCCCCGAGCAGCUCCAGGGAGUUGGGGAGCAGGGCAGAGCUGACAGGAGCACCGAGAGCACCCAGCAGCCCCGGACUGCCAAGCUGCUCUGCGGGUCCUACUCAUUCGAGGUGACACCCCCACAGGACGCCGGCAUGCAGGACACGGGGACACAAGUGGACAGCCGUGCAUCACUGGUGUCAGUGGCACUGAGCCCCAUGAGCCCCCCGGGUGGAGCUGCCGCCUUCACCUUUCCCAAGAGAGAGCUGGGCUCUGCCCCACGCCUGGAGCCCUCCAAGAAGGAUGCGGAGAUGCAGGUGUCCAUGCCUGUGGAGACGCGCUCGGUGGCCACCGGGCCCAUGACGCCAGUGGCCAAGUCCCCGCAGGCCUCGUACCCCGAGGUGCACGUGAAAGGGGUGGUGGAGGAGGCUCCAGAGCCCAUCCGGGAGGUGAGCUGGGACGAGAAGGGGAUGACGUGGGAGGUGUACGGGGCCUCCAUGGAGGUGGAGGUGCUGGGCAUGGCCAUCCAGAAGCACCUGGAGAAGCAGAUCGAGGAGCACGGGCGGCAGGCGGUGGCCACCCCACAGAGCACCCGCGCCAGCUCCGUCAAAGGGGCUCCCUGCAAAGGCGAGCCCAAGAGGCAGCCCAGCGUCUUCCGGGCUCUGCUGCAAAACGUCCGGCGGCCGCGGUGCUGCUCUCGUGCCGGCCCCGCCAUGGAGUGAGCUACUGCCCACCCCAGUGGGACGGAGGGGACACGGGGAAGUGUCCCUGCCCUGCGUCCCGAGACGCCCGCUGCCGGCGUGCAGCGCUCCAGGCGGGUGGUAAUGGAGUGCUGCAGGUAGGGAUGGGGCGUCUCAUCUGCUGGGGUCCCCCCCAGCCCUGGGACACGAGAUGGGUGCCAUCUCCCUGUGCAAGGGGCAAGGGCCUGGCCAUGGCUUAGAGCUGGGCUCAUGGGCAGCAGCAGUGACAACAGCCCCUGGUUGCCCACCCCAUCCUGUUUUUGCCACAUCGACAUCAUGUCCCACUGCUGUGCCCAGCAGAAGGGCUGUGGGGCUGGAGCACGUCUGCUCGGGGCCAUCAGCUGCUUGUCCCCAUCAUUGCAGCUGGAGGCAUUUGGGGAGGUUGUCCCCGUGGUCCCCAGCCCUCCCUGGCUGCAGUUGAAGCACGGGAAACGUCCUUGUCCCAGUGGUGGGGAAGGAGCCGCAUCGCUUCCCAACCAUGCUGCUGUGAGCAGCACCCAGAGCCCCCAGCCUGUCCCUUUGUGGGUCCCCCAGCCUUGCUCGCUGCUCCCCCUGGGGCCGCGCCAGCUGCAAAGUGCUGCCACUUUUUACCGCUGGGAUUUUGCAAGGGUGGGAGGGAGGGGGGGGGCUUUUCU